AUGAACGAACCAUCGAGAGCUUGUAUGAGAGUUGGAUUGACUGCACUAACCAUGGCAAAAUAUUUUCGAGAUGUUAAUGAGCAAGAUGUACUUCUAUUUAUUGACAAUAUCUUCCGUUUCGUCCAAGCCGGAUCCGAAGUAUCCGCUCUAUUGGGGGAGUGUUGA